GGAUCCGUGGAUCCUCCGAAGCUGGAUGGCUGCGAAGCGAAGCGUCCCCUGUGGGCUGCCAGUGUGGGUGGCCGUAGCCCUGAGGAUGUUCUCCCUUUUCCCUUUCCUAGGGGAAGAGAGGACGGCCCCGUAGAUCCCGCCCAGCUCCUGCCUGCUCCGCCUGGACCAAGAGGACGGACCGUGACCAGCCACGAUGAGAGCUCCGGCCCUCGCCUGAUCCCUUUCCUGCUCAUAAAAAUGAUCAACAAGUCUCGAGGGAAGAUACUCGGGGUGCUGGCGCUGUUUCUGGUGAUGGUUUGGUACUCGAUCUACCGGGAAGACAGCUUUUAUUUCCCCGUCCAAGAAAACAAGACGACGUGUCCCCUUGGGGAGGUGGAAAAGAAAGCAGCGCAGCUCAUCGGGAACUACACGAGAGACCACCCGCUCUUCCUGCAGCUGAAGGACUAUUUUUGGGUGAAGACGCCGUCGCUCUAUGAGCUGCCCUAUGGCACCAAGGGAAGUGAAGAUGUCCUCCUGCGCUUGCUGUCCAUCACCCACUACUCCCUGCCCGAGAGCAUCCAGAGCCUCAAGUGCCGGAGGUGUGCGGUGGUGGGCAACGGCCACCGGCUCCGCAACAGCUCCAUGGGCGACACCAUCAACACCUACGACGUCGUGAUCAGGCUGAACAACGCCCCGGUCCAUGGUUAUGAGCAGGACGUGGGCUCCAAGACCACCAUGCGCCUCUUCUACCCGGAGUCAGCCCACUUCGACCCCCAGACGGAGAACAACCCCGACACGCUGCUGGUGCUGGUGCCCUUCAAGCCCAUGGACUUCCAGUGGAUGGAGGCCAUCCUCAACGACAAGAAGAGGGUUCGGAAAGGGUUUUGGAAGCAGCCCCCGUUGAUCUGGGACGCCAACCCGGAGCAAGUGCGAAUCCUCAACCCUUACUACAUGGAAGUAACUGCUGCUAAAGUGCUCAACCUCCCCAUGAAGCAACCACGGAAGGUCAAACAGAAGCCCACCACGGGGCUCCUGGCCAUCACCCUGGCGCUGCACUUCUGCGACCUGGUGCACAUCGCGGGCUUCGGCUACCCCGACUCGGGCAACAAGAAGCAAACCAUCCACUACUAUGAACAGGUCACGCUCAAGUCCAUGGCUGCGUCGGAGCACAACGUGUCGCACGAGGCCGUGGCCAUCAAGCGGAUGCUGGAGCUGGGACUGGUCAGGAACCUCACCUACUUCUGAGGGCGGCAGGGACGUCAUCCCCGCUGCGAGGGGACACAGCGCCUGCCGUGAGGGGACACGGCGAGGGCAGAGCGUCCUGGUCACCGAGGGCAGAUUGUCCUGGUCACCGAGGGCAGAGUGUCCUGGUCACUGCCGUCACCGUGCCCCGGGAUGGCCGGAGCCAGCAGGGCCGGGGGCCGCGCUGGGCCGCAGGUUCCCGGGGCAGGGGCAGCUCUAGGGGGGCGCAGGGAGCCCCCGGCACCUUUUCUACCAACGCACUGAAGCUACCAAGGACUUGGAGGGGACUUUAGGGGCGGGGGGUCCUCCCUCCCAGCGGGCCUGUGGGGGCGAGGCGGGGCAGGAGCCCUUGCCUUGGACUUUCUCUUUCCCUUAAUUCCCUCAUCACUCGGACGAGGGCCCUGCCAAGGGGCUGAUCUUGGGGGUCCCGGGACCCUCCCCACAGGGAAUGGGAGCCUUUGGGGGCCCACGUUGCCUCCUCCCUCCCCUGGACCCCCUCCCAGAUAUUUAAUUUCCCCCCUCCCCUUUUUUUUUUAAUUUCCUUUUUACUCGGCAGCCCCGUCCUGUGCCUUAGCGCUGGCGCGGGGGCUCGUCCCCGCAGCCCCCCCGGGUGGGGGCACCCAGGGGUGCUUGGCCUCGGGGUCUGCCGGGGCCCUUUGGGGGUGCAGAUUAAUUUAAUUAAUUUAAAUGCUUAUUUAUGGUGGAGCCUUCACCUGGGGCCCAUGUGCCACUGGUGUCAGGGACAAGGGGCCUUGGGUGGGGGGCCGGCAGGGUGCUCGGCUCCAGGAGGUGGAUGUUGGGGGUGUCCAACGUCCUCCUAUGGAGGGGUCGACCGGUGCCUUCUCCCUGCUGCUGUAGGGUCCCCUGUGGGGCCGUGGGUGUCAGGGGAACCAAUGGAUGGGGGUGUUGGGGCUCAUGCUGGCACCCAAUA